AUGCUCAAAUCAACUAUUAUUAUUUCAUUCAUAUUAUUUAUAUUUUUUUCAUAUAUUGAUGGAAAUCCACAUAAUAUACAUGAAAAUUCACCGUCGUCAACGACAAUAUUUAUUAAACCAAAAAGAAAUAUAAUGCGUCAUCUUAAUCCACUUAAAUUAUUUUUUACCGUGGCUUAUACACCAACACAAGAUCCACAUUAUUCAAUUGAAUGGAAUUUAUCACUUUUAAAAACUAUGUUACUUGAAAGUAAACAUGUUAGUAAUGAUGAUAAAGCAUUAUUUCUUACGAAAUUUAGCAAUAUUGACAAUGAUUAUGCGAAUUGGUCACUUGAAAAACAUAAUGAAUUAGAAAGAUUUACUGAAAAAUAUUUUAAUAUAUACAAUUCACCAAAUUCAUUUUUACCAUUUAUUGAUUGUCAUGCUUUAACAUAUGCUAUUACAGAUGAAAUGCUCAAUGAUUUACCACUGAGUAUAACUGAUGAAAAACGUUCAAAAAUUCGAGCAAAAGCAGUUGAAGGUUUAUGUGACCCAGAAUGA